AUGAGAGCAUGGGCUUUUCUGCUUUAUGCAGCGGUUAUUUACAACGUACGCGCAAGGGUUUCGUUUGAAGACCUGCAGAAGAUUCAACACACUGAGAUAGGAGAGAGCGGGCUGUUUGUGCACCCGGAGGGGCCCUUCAACUUUAUGCGGGGGUAUGUAUAUGCCCAGCAAGGAUACAUGUACAACAAAAGAUUUUUUUCGCCGGAAAUAGAGACAGAGUACAGUUUGACUUUUGAAGACAAUUUUGAAGGCAAUUCUGAAACAAUGGUUAACGACUAUGUGUACACGCGCAAUGCACAGAGCGACCGGGCAUAUGCGCAGGAUUGCAACACAGGCGCGGUUGUAGCCGACGAGAGCGCACGCUACUCCGAGGAGUAUCACAACAUGCUCAUACACAUGUUUCCGUCUGCGGAUGGGUUCGAUCUGUCCAUUGAGCCAACCCACAAAAAUUCAUUUUUCAGCUUUCUUCAAGGCAGCUGCAGCAAGAAACAGGCGCACUAUGUGCUUGCGUCGCUUCUGCUGCUGAGCGAAGGGGUGUGUGUGCCCAUCACGGCAAUAGACACAGCCAUUGUGUUCUGGAAGAGCAGCCACGCCAAGUUUCAGUACACUUUGUCUGUGCGCACACAUAGGCCUAUAGCCCUUAGCGAGUGUGCAGUGUUUUCGAUAGACAGCAGGGACCCAGAGUAUGUGCAUGCUCAAAAAGAAGCCUGUAAAGUCAUACGCUUCUUCCAAGCCUAUGCAGGCAACAAACCUAUGCCUACCACGCAAAAAGACUUUGAAACUGGCGAGUUUUUAAACAGCGUGCAGUUUUUGAUCCAGUCGUACGUGUUUGAGUACAUAGACAGCAAGGAGAGCGCGUUAUGCCUUCUGCAGUGCGGAUACAGCAUUUUAAAGAGCUUGGAAACAGCAACCGAGCUGACCGAGAGAGAAAGGGGCGUGCUCCGUAGGUGCUUUAUUACAUCUAAAGAGAGAGCCAGCUCCAUGAAGAUGCUACAGCCUUUAGUGCGGGCGCAGAAAGCGCUGGGCGACUUGAGGUGGUUCCCGUUUUCCUCGCCGGACAUGAAUCCUGCGUGCGCUUAUGUGCCGACAUACAAUAAAGCAGAAGGCGAGUUCAGCACGACGUGCAUUAAAAAUUAUGUAGAGUUCGGGGCAUACAUGCUGCUUUGCUGCCUCGCAUACAAUCCAGAAACACAAGAGUACGACAUAGAGCGUGUUAUUGGACAGGCUGCAGACCAGGAGGCGGCCCAAGAGUUGAGGCGGUUCUUUUCCUCAGACAAGGUCAGCCCAAACGUGCACACCACGCCAGAAGUGCUUAAACAGUGGGGUGUGGUUGUGUCGGGCCUUCCAUGCAAAGACAUUUUGUACUCCAACUCCGAAAGAAGCCACCUGUGCUCAGGAAUAGUAAACAUUCUGCAUGUGGUUGCACAGAUAUCUGGAAGACUGCCGGCGGAGAAACAGAAUCUAAAUCGGCUUUUGGAGCUGUUGGGAAACAAUGGGUCAAAGAAGAAGGCAAUGGAAUAUAUGUGCACGUAUAUACAGCAUCUUUUGGGCUCUAUUUCGGUGAACAAGCAGCUUGAGGUGGCAUUAGAAGGUAUUAGAAUCAGCACUAAAAAAGGCAGAGCCCCCGAAUGCUAUGGAGAGAUCACUUUGAAAUACCGGCACGGCGGCAGCGCAGUGUCUCAGGGCUUGCGCUUAAAGUUCGUUGGCCAUAUAGUUCUGGUUUCUCUGCUGGCAGAUAAGAAUACUGUCCCAAGAGAAGCUCGCCUCCAGCUGUCCGGCUUGUUGAGCACGUACAAGGGCCCAAAGUCCUUUGCCUGGCAUCUUUUUGCAGAGUACAUCGAUAGAGCGGCGCUUGGGCGCCACAAGCAGGAAAAAAAUCUCAUGAGAAUCAUAGAAUCUGCACACAUUGUGGUUAGAAGCGAUGGGAAAGAAGUCAACUGUGUUUUUUUGAGGGGGGCUCUUCGCGACACAUUGCCCAAAGAUGAGCUUGUAAAUGCUCUUGUGCUAUACACACAGAAUUAUCGCGUUUUCAUGGGGACGUCCCACCCAAUUGCGCGCUUGGUUUCAAACAUUCUGGGGAGCAUUCAGCUCAGCGACUAUACCAUUCGGACGAACUUUCUAAACACAAUCGUGUGCGCUGGCUUGCUGACGUGCGUGCAGAACCGGAUCAGUCUGCAGCAGCCUGAGAUCUCAGAAAUGUUUAAAUACACAGACCUAUUCAUAGACAUAAAGCGGGCUGGGCUCAGUAUGGGGUAUACCGUUUCCGAAAUCAUCAUGAAAUAUCUCCGGGAGUACAAAAAAGAAGCUGGCGAGCCUCUUUUUUUAUGCAGCCUCCUUAACAGCCAGCCAGAAGUCCGGAGCUUGUUUUUGUGUAUGUUUGCAGAAGACUCUCUUCAGCACGCUGAAGAGCUUUCCAACCUUUUGCUGGACGUGGAGAGCGAGAAGGAGCGGGAGGAGGCCUGCAUUCUGAAGAAUUCUCUAUGCCUGUUUUUCUUCUCUGCGCUGACACAGAAAGCUGUGUGGCCGCUAGAAAAAAUCAAGCAGGUCUACGCCUCUAUAGAGACGGAGCCUGCGGGCGCACUGGACCCGACACGAGUGAUGUGUUUUUACGAGCCAGAGGAGAUGCAGAGUGCCAUACAUUUUAUAGAAGCAAACAAAAAAAUCCUUUUGCAACGCGGAGGAGAGGAAAAGCUUAGGCGUGUGCUUGAACUAUUCAUGAAUGCGUAUCCAAAUGCAGAAUGA